AUGCUUGCCUCCCGCUCCAUCGGCCUCCAGGCCGCCCGGGCUUUCCAGCCCAUCCGCUUCGCUGCGCCCGUCAGCCGCCAGGCCCGCUUCCUCAACAUGAGGGCCACCCCGCGCAUGAUGCGCCCCGUUCCUAAGGAGGAGCACAGCGCCCACACCAUCUCCCAGCGCAUCCGCACCCUCAAGAAGAUUCCCCCGGAGUUGAUCCCCCUCGGCAUCGUCCUUUGCGUCGCCGUCGGUGCUGCUUUCUUCUCCAUUUUCAGGAAGCUCUACGUCGACAAGACGCUCCGCCUCUCCAGGCAGAGGGGCCACGAGGCAUAG